UUGUGUAGAAGAAGAGGGGGCCCUCCUGCUUACACCUCCUUCUCCUUGAAUUGGGGUAUAAAGGCAGGCUUUCCCCCAGUGCUUACUACCUUCUGCCACAAUGAGUGCACUCCUGUUCCUGGCCCUUGUGGGAGCUGCUGUUGCUUUCCCUGUGGAUGAUGAUGACAAGAUCGUUGGAGGAUACACCUGCCAAGAAAAUUCUGUCCCAUACCAGGUGUCCCUGAACUCUGGCUACCACUUCUGUGGAGGUUCCCUCAUCAAUGACCAGUGGGUGGUGUCUGCAGCUCACUGCUACAAGUCCCGCAUCCAAGUGAGACUGGGAGAGCACAACAUCAAUGUCCUGGAGGGCAAUGAGCAGUUUGUCAAUGCUGCCAAGAUCAUCAGGCAUCCCAACUUUAAUAGCAGGACCCUGAACAAUGACAUCAUGCUGAUCAAGCUCUCUUCCCCUGUGACCCUCAAUGCCAGAGUGGCCACUGUGGCUCUGCCCAGCUCAUGUGCACCUGCUGGCACCCAGUGUCUCAUCUCUGGCUGGGGCAAUACCUUGAGCUUUGGUGUGAACAACCCAGACCUGCUCCAGUGCCUGGACGCCCCAGUGCUGCCUCAGGCUGACUGUGAGGCCGCCUAUCCUGGAAAGAUCACCAAUAACAUGAUCUGUGUUGGCUUCCUGGAGGGAGGCAAAGAUUCCUGCCAGGGUGAUUCUGGUGGCCCUGUGGUCUGCAAUGGACAGCUCCAGGGCAUUGUCUCCUGGGGCUAUGGCUGUGCCCUGAAGGACAACCCCGGUGUGUACACCAAAGUCUGCAACUAUGUGGACUGGAUUCAGAACACCAUUGCUGCAAACUAAGCAUCCUUAAUCCCUUUGAAGUCAUUAUGCCAAUAAAGUGAUGUUUUUUUCUUUACUUUCUGUGUC